ACCCAGAACGAUUUCAUGGUGAUCUGCAAUGUUGCAAAAAUCUUAGAGCUUGUAGUGCCACUAAUGGAGCACCCAAGUGAGACCUUUCUUGCCACUAUUGAGGAAGACCUCAUGAAACUCAUCAUCAAAUAUGGCAUGACGGUUGUUCAACAUUGUGUGAGCUGUCUUGGGGCUGUCGUGAACAAGGUCACCCAGAAUUAUAAAUUUGUGUGGGCCUGUUUUAAUAGAUACUAUGGUGCACUUUCGAAAUUAAAAAGUCAACACCAAGAAGACCCCAACAGUACAAUAGUUACUGCCAAUAAACCAGCACUCCUUAGGUCACUUUUCACUGUUGGAGCACUGUGUCGGCAUUUUGAUUUUGAUCAGGAAGAUUUUAAGGGCAACAGUAAGGUUAAUAUUAAGGAUAAAGUACUUGAACUGCUGAUGUAUUUCACAAAGCAUUCAGAUGAAGAAGUACAGACAAAAGCCAUUAUUGGCCUUG